UCACUCCUCUCCCAAAAUGGUAAAACAAGGCUAGUGCCAGAACAGACAUCAAAGUUCAACUGGGGGCAUGGUCAUGGGAUACAGUUUCAGGCGAAGAGUUUCAAGUGGGUGCAGGACUAGCAGAGCCCUACCCCAUCACCUGGCCACGAGCUUGUUGUCAUCCAUGGCCAUGAAGAGCCUAAGACUGAAGAGGUUAAGAAGGAACUCGCAGCUACUAGUGCAGAUUCUCAGGCCCAGAAAAUUGUUGUGCAGGAAGCUCCAGAAUUGCAGAGUUGCUCUGUUUGGUAUAUGCUUGUUAGGAAAUUGGUUUUGGCAUGGAGUUUGGAUUGUUGUUGAUGUCAUGUAUGCAGCUACUAAUGCUGAUUCUCAGGCCUUCAGCGGGUGUUGAUGUUUGGAUUGAUGUUAGGAUUGUUGUUGUGCUAAUUCUCAGGCCUUCAGCUGCAAUUUUGCCUUGCUGCUGUUUGUUUUGUUCUUUUGUCUUUUGUUCAGUUUUUCAAUUUUGGAGUUCGGGUGUU